AUGCGGCCCGCGCCACUCUCCCCAGAGUUUCUCUGCCCCUUCAAGAGACGGGCUCACUUCUUGUAGUCUUCGAGCCCAGGGCCAGGGGACCCUCUUACUUUGCCCCUCCCAACCCCGGGGGGCGCGAGAUCCUCCCACUCCUCCCAGCCAGAUCUUCCGAGGGUCCCAGCGCGCGCGGGACUCCCUUUGCGUCUUUAUUAUCCGGAGAAGCUCUGCGCCCUUUUUGCUCCCUCCGAAGUGCGCACCAUGGCUCUCCCCCCAGCUCUCGCGCUCGGGCUGCUGCUCGCCGCCGCGGCCGUGGCGGUGAGCUCGGCUCAGGAAGGUUGUUACUGUGAAACAAACAAGCUAACAAACUGUACAGAAAUACCACCUAAUGGUUGCCAGUGUCAUGCUUUUGGUUCAUCACAUUUAAUCACCUGUUCAAAAAUCACUUCAAAAUGUUUGGUAAUGAAGGCAGAAAUGAUUCGUAAAAAGAUGAUAGGGCGGAGACUUAAACCAGAAGGAGCUAUUCAAGAUAAUGAUGGAAUAUAUGAUCCUGAUUGUGAUGGACAAGGUCACUUCAAACCUCGGCAAUGUAAUGGAACUGCUCUUUGCUGGUGUGUGAAUACAGCUGGAGUACGAAGAACAGAUAAAGAAACUGAAAUAGUCUGUAAUGAGCUAGUAAAAACAUACUGGAUCAUCAUUGAACUAAAACAUAAAGCAAGAGAAAAACCUUUCAAUACAACUAUCUUAGAAAAUACCCUCAAAGAGGAAUUUCAUCGUCGCUAUCAACUGAACAAGAAAUACUUCCAAAAUGUUUUGUAUGAGAAUGAUUUUAUCACUAUUCACCUGAAGCAAAAUAGUAGCCAGAAAAGCUCAGGCGAUGUGGACAUUGCUGAUGUGGCUUAUUAUUUUGAGAAAGAUAUAAAAGGUGAAAAUCUCUUUUAUUCCACUGAGAUAAAUCUUGAUAUAAAUGGCGAAAAGCUUGAUCUGGAUCCUGCUCAAACUUUAAUAUAUUAUGUUGAUGAAAAGGCACCUGAAUUUUCAAUGCAAGGACUAACAGCUGGUGUUAUUGCUGUCAUUGUAGUUGUAGUUCUGGCACUUGUUGCUGGAAUUGUUGUGCUGAUUGUGUCCAGGAAGAAAAGGAGGACAAAAUAUGAGAAAGCUGAAAUAAAAGAGAUGGGUGAAAUGCACAGAGAACUCUCAUAACUAUCAAAAUAUGAAGACAAGAAGAGAAAAAAUAGAAAUUUUGAUACUAUACAUGUGGACAUAGAAGAAAAAAAGCAGUACUAGAUUAAUAUCUUGUUAGGAACCGCUAUAAGCUAGGUUUUAAAAUAGGAGAAUGAGUAAAAUUGGUAAGAAGCAGGAUUUACUUAGUACUCAAGUUUAUGAGUAACUUGAAAAUUUUGGCAAUUCCUAUCUCAAAAGGUUGGACCACAACAAAUUAUUCAAAUACACAUUUUCUUAGACAAAAACUAGACUAUUGGUUUAAGCAAGUGCUUAUAUGACAUAAAAAUUCAGGCUUUAGAUGUAUUCCACGAUACUGUGUGAAUCUCACAUUUUUACUUGUAAAUGAAAGUUAGCUUUCUGUAAUGUUUUUUGUUUGUCUUGUACAUAUUUUUUGUCUUGAAUUUCCUUAAACUUUUUUAUGAACUAUGAAAUAAACAAGUUGUUCAAAAUAUAA